AUGUUCGUGCUGUACUGAUUGCGAUAUCUCCUUCAGCAGCUGUCACAUUGACCAGUUCACUCUCAGCUUCUUGACUCUUUCCAGUGCCAGGAAUAGCAUUAUGGCGCUUUAUAAAGACCAAGCCUCAAGACUAGCAUUACUGCGGCGGCUUCCUAAGUCGGGUAAAAGCCCUGGUGACAGUCCUGAGUUGGACCCGCGCAGCCAAUACCAAGCAGAGUUUCACCGUCCGCCCGAGCUAGUAAACGCCUUGGUGCAGAAGCACUUCUUUCCUGCCGAGGGCGCGGUUCCGGAGGGGGUGGGCGAGGAGAUGCCCCAGGAGGGAGGCAGGGGCGCGGAGGAGGUGGGGCAGCGCCUGUCCGACUACCAGCGGCUCGUGCGGCGUCGGGCAGCUCAGACCAGCCGGGAGAUCAAGGCCGAGCAAGACGUGAAGCUAAAGCUGGCGCAAGCCACACGGGACAGAUUGCAGGCAGCCAAGGACUUCGGGACGCGUGUGGCGGUGGGCAAUGCCAAGGUGCUACUGCGCAACAAGGCAGCGGCCUCUGCAGUGGAGGUGGCACACGAGGAGGUUGCCGUGCCGGUGGCAAGUGCACGGCCUGCCCCUGCUGCGAGCGGGCCCACGGUGCCGCCCGCAAGGCCACCCGCUCCCAAGGGGCUGUGUGUGCCGGACCAGCUGAUGCUGGAGAAGGAGCACUACCCGCCAUCGCCGCCGACGCCGCCACCGAAGGCGAAGGAUGAGGCGCUGCUGGACCAAUCAGUGCAGACGCCCGUGGAAGAGCCGCGGCGCCCGCCGGCUAGCGUUCUCGCACGCCAGCGGCUGCUGUCGCACUGCCCCGCGGAAUCAACAUCGGCUGCUGCGCUCGCGGAGCUGGCAAACCUGAAUCGCAGCCUUGGCGUGACGCCCGCAGACGUUGCCCGGUCGCCAGAGCUGCUGCCCCAGCCAGGGGGCUUCCGUACCCGGGUGCUCCAGCCAGUACAGGCAGCAAACGUGCCCGGCGCUGGCAGCCCUAGCCCGAGUGGCAAGCUGUACAAGGGCAAGUUGCUGCCGGUGGCCAUCUCGUCGACCGACAAGCUGGGCUUGUCACGAGUUGCCCAGAAGGUUGCGGACUUGGGCGACAAGCUCAUGCUGCCACGGCUAUGCUCGUGCCCCAACAACGCGAGCCCGUUUGACCCGCUCUACGUCCAGAAAUGUGCCCGCAAUUGCCCCCUGUACGGGCAAACUGCCAGGUAUCAAGCGCUGCUGACCUCCAUCCUCAAGGCGGCCGAUGUCAUCUGACACUGCAGCCUCUAUCUGGGCCUGGUUGCGCGAUCAACAAAUCCUUUAGCGGAAGUCAGAAGGCGCAAGGCUUGAUAGCCCGAAUCUGGCUGUUCACGGGAGUCUGUCCACGAAAGUAUUUGGGCUUGUUACGAAUGUUCACGGGAGAGGGCCGACACGAGGCUGUAGCGUGGUGUGGCGUACGGUAGUUGGUUGUGCAAUGCGCGCGGCGUGAGGCUGAAACAGCAGCAGCCUUCAGCGAGCGGGAUAGUAGUGCGUGAUGGCGUGCAGUACCAUACUUGCGGGCAUCCACACGUGUCUUGAUCUCGGCAAGUGCUUGACUGUUGUGGCCCAGUGGCCCUGCGACUGGCUUAAGCGGCACAAACACUAAACCAGCUCCAUCUUGCAAUGUAGGUAUGUAAGUCAUUCAGAAAGCUGUGCGCGCACUUGGAAGCUGGAUGUUGGAUGCAGCCUGUGCAGCACGCACUUGGAAGUUGGAUGCAGCCUGUGUUGCUGCCGUACCGUGGGAACCCCGGCC